CAUUCACUGAAUCUAUUUAGGGUCCGCGUCUCAGUGCCUUCAUUCGCUCUUCUGACGGGAUCCGACUUGGUUUGAGGAUGGCCGCGUCGAAGAGCGCUCUUUACUCCGCAGGACUUCAUGUCAUCUUCUUGACUUUGCAAGUGCAGUCAGAGCUGAGUGUGCAGAUGGAGGACGCUGUCGAGUUUUCUGUGGGAGAGACGGCACAGAUCUCCUGCUCAUACUUCUUCAGCGAAAAGCCCCCGGGUGUGAUUAUACAGUGGACUGCGUCAAAAGGUGACAGAAAGAGGAUCUACAACAGCAACAUCACCGUGAGCUUUUCCGAUGAGCUGCCCGAUUUCGUCGGCCGCAUCAACAUCAGCUGGGACUCUGAGGACGACAGGCGGGGAGAAACAGUGCUAACCAUAAUGGACCUGAAGGUGAAGGACGAGCAGAAGUUUGCCUGCCAGGUGGAUGGCAUGUCGGCUGGGAUGCAGGAACACCAGACCAGUCUCAAGGUGUUCGAAUCACCAGAUUCACCAGAGAUUGAAGACGCUGAGUCUAUAUUCAGAGUCGACAGCAAUGAGCGGUUAAAGGUCGCAACAUGCAAGACCAGAAAUGGCUACCCUAGACCAAAAAUUACUUGGUACCGUGACCGCACCACACUGCAGCAAAGCACAGAUGUAUUCAUACAGCAGCGGGAGAUACAGGAGUCCAGCGGCCUUUUUACCAUCGAAAGUGAACUUUACUAUGUAGUGACCAAGCAAGAUAAGGACGCACUCUUCUACUGUGAGGUCACCUACCAGUUACCUGGUGAAACAAGGAUGAUGGAAUCAAAGCACAUCAAUAUCACUGUUCACUAUCCAUCAACGAAGACUGAGAUGUGGAUAUCGCAUCCAAAGAGGCAGGUCAAAGAGGGGGAUACGGUGGAGAUCUCCUGUCGUGGAAAUGGGAAUCCACCGUCAUAUUUUUUGUUUUCUAAGGAGGACUUCGAAAUGGAUUUUGAACAAGAUGGGGAAAAGUUGCUGCUAAAGAACGUGACUCGUGCAGACAGUGGCACGUACCUGUGUGACCCCAUGGAUAUAAACGUCAUACUCGACCAGCACCAGGGGAAAACUAAGCUUCAAGUCCACUACCUGGAUGAAGUGGUACUUACGGCUGAGAAAGGGAGGGUGAUGAAGCUGGGCGACAGCCAGAAGAUUGCCUGUAAUGCCUUGUCCUCCCUGAGCACCCAUACCAAGUGGUUCAAGGGUGGAAAGACGAUUGGAGAGGAACAUGUGCUAGAGCUACAAAAUGUGUCUUAUGGAAUGGCAGGGGAGUACAGAUGCCAAGUGACUGUAUCCUCUCUGCCCAAUCUGCAUCGCAGUGCCGCCAUCCAUAUAAUCACCCUGGGGCCCCCUAUGAUUACCUCUCCAGAUGAUGUCAUUAUGGACACCCACAUUGGGGACUUUCUGAACCUGACCUGUGAGGCUCUGGGUUCACCUACACCAACCCUCACCUGGAAAGUCAACAACAGUCAGAUGACAGGAUGGAGCAACCAUUUGGAGGGCAGGACUCUCAGUGCGCUGGACAUGAAGGUGACCUCUAACCUCACAGUCUCCUGCAUUGCAAUCAAUGAAGAGGGCACAGACGAGAAGUUCUACAGGGUCAGGGCCAGUAUAUCAAGUUCACUUCCACCUGACAAUAAUGGUACUAGAGCAGAGAAGGUUCAAAAAGAGAGUGGCGUGAUUAUUGCUGUCAUUAUCAUCUCCAUUCUCCUGCUGGCUGUCCUGGGGAGUAUCCUCUACUUUCUGUACAAGAAGGGCAAGAUCUCCUGUGGACAUUCUGGGAAGAAGGAAAUAACUAAGGAAAAGGGUAAGAAAGACGACAUUGUCAUGGAGAUGAAGACGGACAAGACGGAAGAGACUGUGCUGCUUCAGGGUGUCAAUGGGGACAAAAAAAGCCUCGAUCAGUGUGAUGAAUACAUGGAAGUGGAAAACUAAGGAGCAGCCGACCUUUGUGAUUUAAGGAGGAGGAGAAUCAUGGGCACAGCACCAAGCCCCCCCACCCCACCUGCUGCACAUCCUUUUCCCUGAUACAAGCCUGGGACUGAUCCACAACACAAAUAAGGCCUAUUUGAAUUAUUUCUCUAAAUGUCGAAGGACAUUCACUGUUUUUGACUACUGGUACACAACAAAAAAAGCUUCACCCCUGGUCACUGUGAUAGGCUGCUAAAAUUCACACACACACACACACACACAUACAUACACACAUAUAUAUAUAUAUAUAUAUAUAUAUAUAUAAAAUAAACAAAACUGGGGAGAAAAAUGAGAUGCCAGCCUCUAGGAGAGAGGUCAGCAAAUCCUACGCUUCCUCUUCCUCCUUUGAGCCAGGCAGAGAUUUUUCUUCUUCCUCAUGGUCCCACAGUUGGAUACAGAUUUGACAAACUGGGCUGCAGGUCAGACAGGAUUUCUCCAGGACAUGAAGCGAGGAGAUUGUUGUAUAUGAUACUUGCUGCUGAAUCAGUUGCCUUUCUUCAUCCUGGCCUCUCGUGUCAUAGCCCCCCCCCACAUAACCCUGCUAUUUAAUAUUCAGCCUGCAUAUCUACAGGUGAAUCCACGUUCAAUAGCCAUGGGGGUGGUACUCUGCCCAUUUUGGUGCUUGUAAACCAUGCUACAAAGGAUUUGCACACAACUGCUUCCAUCCAAAGUGGGGGGCUUUCCCAUUCAAACAUUUGAGGCAUCUUGGGAGGUCACGCUCUCCAGCAAAGAGCUUUAUAUACGGGCAAGAUGCACUCACAUACAAGACUCCUGUGAGGUGGAGUGAAAAGUAACUCAACAGCCUAUCAAAUGAAAAUGACAAGUAAUUAGGCUUUAUUUAAUUGAACUGAUGCCCAGAGCUGCACAUAGGUGUGUAUUUAACUUGCUGGUAAGGACUCCUCUCUUAAAAAUGUCCAACCAUCUUUAACUGCUCAUAUAUUCUAGGUUGGGAGUGGGCAAUCUUAUCUGCAAAGGAGCUGUUCAAACCUAGGUGUGAGGACUCUUUAGCCAAUAAGUUUUUUAAUUAGUAAUUUCAUUAGGGAUUUGCAGAGAGAACCAGCACACAUAGCGGCCCUCUCUGGACAAGACUGCCUAUCCCAGUUCCAGGAAUUUCUAAGCACCAGGAAAUGUCUUCAUACUGUACUAUUGCAAAAUAUCACUACAACUAUACUCAGUUGAGCACAUUAGAGACACUGGAGGAUUGCUGUACCAGACUUGACUGAAAAGGUCUUUUAAAUAAAUGUACAUAUCACUAGUUCAAGCUAUGUGUUCUUUUAGAGCCGCCUUAUGCUUCCUGGGAUAUGUAAAUGUAUAAGGCUCUCACACACCAUACAAUACAUUACAUUUAACAAAGCACUGGUUCUGGAAAGAAUUUAUUUUAAUCUGCCUGUCACGUUCUUGCGCCUACUGUAUUUUAACACCUUAAACACUGAGCAUUCUGAAUUUUUUGUUUGGCCCUGUUUGAAGAUUAAAUAUCAAAAGGGAGGUCUGGAAUAUUCUAAUCUGGGGAAUUGAAGUUGUACAUUGUUUCAGAUACCUUGUAAAUGGCAUUUUUAUUUCAAAUGUAUCACCAUUUACCAAUAGAUAGCUAGCUGUACUGUAAAGAUUAAAUCUAAUAUGUAAUGAUUAUGAUUUUCACAAGUGUGUAAAUUAAGGAUGCUUGAGCUGAUUUUUUUGUAACAAUAUGUGAAAUAUGUGAAAUAAAAGGCUUUUGAAUUUAAA